AUGAAGAUGAAGCUGCAAAGAUGCCAGGGCGGAGUCAUCGUCGGAGCUUGUGUUGUAUGCGAGGAUCCCAAGGGAAGUGUUCAUUUCGGUGUUGUUUCCUGCGCUGCUUGCUCGGCGUUUUUUCGGCGCACCAUUGCCGAGAAUCGCAAAUAUUCUUGCCGGCGCAGCUUUGAUGGCCACUUGAGUUGCCCCAUAGACCAAAAUUAUCGUUGCUAUUGCCGUGCUUGUCGUUUGCAAAAAUGUCUAUUGAUGGGAAUGGAUCCUGGAUGCGUACAGCUGCACCGAGACCUCUACGGCUCUAAAGUUAAACCAUCAUCGUUGGAAGCAUCUCUCUCUUCUCGUUCGAGCUCUUCGUCGUCCACUUAUUCGCCGAUCUCGUGUGCUGGCUUGGAGGAACAACUUUUUGCUCUCUCUCGCACAACAGUUUUCGCUCCAAAUCCGCAAAUUCUCGCGAGCGGUGGAAGUUGGGUCUCAACUGACCAGUUGCGGUCGCCAACCCCAGUUGUCAGUACUUUUGAUAUGCAGCCGAAAUCAUAUUCAGAUUCGUCAUCGGCCGUAAUAAUCGAACAGCAGCGAAAGAACAUGAUCGAAACCAUGAUCGACUCCUACAGACAAUUACUAGAACGUCGUCGUCUCGUAUAUUGUCCGGGAUCCAUGCGAGACAUUUUGGGCGGGACAAUGCCGACUUUACGGCCAGCAUGUUAUUACGGCGAGAGAGUGAGACGUGAUCGUUUGCGCGUUGACAUCGCACUCUUCGUCGAAUUCCUCAAUACGAUCCAGCCUUUUCCAAGUCUUGAACUGGACGAUAAGUUUUGAUAUAGAGGCUUUUGGUCUUUCGCAUCAAAAACGUAUAGGAUGAUUAAGAUUGCACUUAUGAAGAACUUCUCUGUGACUUUUUCUAUCCUCGAAAAGUACUACAUUACAAUGCGCGCGGGCGGCUUGCAAACGAACAGAAUUUUCCAUAACGAUGGAACUUACACGGACUUAGAAGAUCCUGAUUUAAUAACUGUAGAAGCGAAUAAAGCUGCUGCAUCAGCUGGCGACCGUGAAACAUUGAACAGGUUGUUCAUACAACCAUUAAAAGACUUCAUGUCAGAGUUAUCGGGUCCCAUGUACCACAACAAUAUGUCUGACGCGGAGUUCUGUGCUUUGAAUGCCAUUCUGCUUUUUGAUCCUAGGGCGGAGGGCUUGAGUGAACAUGGGAGUCAAGUAGUGGCUGACGCACGCAAACGCACCUACGAUCAUUGGUUUGCUUUUUACAAUAAUUUGGGAGUUCAGGAUAUUGGUGAACAAGUAGGUAACACCUUGCUACUAAUUCCAGCUUUGAAGGCGAUCGUUCAAGCUACCCAGGAGAAUUUCCGACUCAUACAAGUCUUCGAUCUCUUCCACUACGACAAGAUCAUAGAUGAACUCAUGCACUUGGUUUCCUAAAUCCAGCUUCUUUAUAUAUGUAUGUUUAGACUUCUUAAGAUAUGCACAUGUUCGUUCAAACCGGGUAAAUCCGUCAGGCGCUUGAUUUUCUCAAAUAUCUUGUUCUUGCUUGAAGAGGUUUUCAGAUGUCUUAGUUCUCGAUUUGGCCUGAAUGCUGUGUAUUGCCUGUUUCCUAUCCUCAAAUGCUCUUAUGUACGCAUUAAGCGACCACACCUUAAGGCGCCCUUGGCUGCUAUUUUCGAUGCGUUGGAUAACAUGCUCCUCAUUGCACGGGUAAACCAUGCUCAGGGGUAGAGGUUAUACCUAGAUUACGAUAACUUUCAUAUGCAAUCAUUUUACUGCAGGCUGACCUCAUGUUUUUUUUCUCUACGACUAUCUUUCCGUAGUUUUGAUCAUUUAAUCGGGACGCAUUUGUACUUAGUCCAUGUGUUAUCUGCAGCAUAUGUUAUCUUUACCUUGCAAGAAGACCGUUGUCGAAUUGUUGUUGUAUUAAUCAUAAUCAUUAUUCAUGUAUAAUAGUAUAAAUGAAGUAUUUAGUA